CUUUCUUCCUCCAUCUUUGCAGAUGGGCAAGAUGGCGUCCUCGGAUGUGGUUACCGAGGUUGAGAUUCAGCCCGAGAUCCAGGAGGUGGAAAUCGAGGCUAUACCUGUGGAGAUGCCCGUCGAGACAGUCGUGACGACCGUCGAAGCGGUCGAAGGUCAGCCUAUGAUCGCGUUGCAGCCGCUGCCAGAGCCCGGGAGGGAAGAGAUCAUCCUACAAACCCAGGAGGAGAUCGUCGGCAGCAUAGACGCCGAUCACGAAGCGCUCACAGGAUACGACAACAUCCCGGUGCCGACCCCCGAAGUGCUCAUCGAGACGAGCCCCAGCACGUCGGGUAAACGCGGCAGGAAAGGCAAGCGUGGUGGCAAAGGACGCAGCUUUGGCGGCGAACUGACGUUUGAGACGGACCGUAGUACGCGCAAGUGGGAACAGAAACAGGUGCAGAUCAAGACGCUCGAAGGAGAGUUCUCCGUCACCAUGUGGGCUUCGGGCACGGAGGACGCUGCAGAGGAGUCGACACCCGAGCCGGACCCCGAUUACACGGAGUACAUGACGGGAAAGAAGAUUCCACCAGGUGGCAUCCCCGGUGUGGACCUCAGUGACCCCAAGCAGCUGGCAGAGUUUGCAAAUUCGACACCAGACAAUGGCAUGAAGCAGUGGUGGGAGCAAGUGCAGUGCACCAGUGUCUACUCCCCCGACAAAAACAAGGGUGGCGCCGGCCAGAGGAUGAAGCCAAGGAAACAAAGUGAUGAUGUAGCAAGGACGAUAGCAUGUCCACACAAAGGCUGCACCAAGAUGUUCCGUGACAACUCUGCCAUGCGGAAGCACCUGCACACGCACGGGCCCCGGGUGCACGUGUGUGCAGAGUGCGGCAAGGCCUUUGUCGAAAGCUCCAAGCUCAAGCGGCACCAACUGGUCCACACGGGCGAGAAGCCCUUUCAGUGCACGUUUGAAGGGUGUGGCAAGCGGUUCUCCUUGGACUUUAACCUGCGGACACACGUGCGCAUCCACACGGGCGACCGGCCAUACGUCUGCCCCUUCGACGGCUGCAACAAGAAGUUUGCCCAGUCCACCAACCUCAAGUCACACAUCCUCACCCAUGCCAAAGCCAAUACAACAAGCAAGCGAAGAAAAUGGAAACCUACAAUUGAAACUGAUGCACAGUUGAGCACUGACCUCGUCUUUCCUGAGAUAAACGGCACAGGACAGAGGCUGUCGGAUGUUGAGUCGCAGAAGGUCACGUUCACCUUUGACCAGGAUUAAAAAAAAAGAACACAUGUACACAGACAAGAGAAACAGGAACGUCAUGUUCUUUUUUUUUUCUUUCAUUUUGUUUUAAGAGGAAGGCGGGCAGCAAAGCAGCACAGAAGCACCGCCGCUGCUAAUGUAGUCACAGCUGUUUGAAGUUAGAAAACCAACCUUGGUGCCAGUGCGUAACCUCCGCUUUCCCCGAUUGUUGCCGAGUCAGACGUUACAUGUUGUCUUGUUUGGUUCUUGAAGUCAGUCCUUCUUGCUAAUUUGUGUAUGGAAUUCCCUUUUGCCUGCUUCAGAAGUCUGUGAGUGUGAAUUGCUUGAUGAGUGGUUUUGACCUGUUUUUCGUUGUUCUGCUGUUAGACUUCCGCUGUUGUUUCAUCUUGUUUUUGCCGUUCCUCAUUACUUUGUACUGCUUCACCCUGAAUAGCAGCAUCUAGACGAACAUUGUUAUUAUUAUUAUUUACAGAAUACAGUAAGAUUAGCUUGUGGAGAGGGGGAGGGGUGCACUUGAGAUUCCAGCAAGCUGUAGCAGGCACUAAAGGCCAGACCGAAAAUGUAGAUUUUUUUUUUUUUUUUAGAUGUCCGCCCAGUGUUGCAUCUUUUCAGUCAUUGUGUAGCUGCUGAGUUGUCUCUUCUAGAGGUGUCACACUCUUGCGCAUGCAGUUGAGCCCACUUAAAACAGUAACGAAAUUUGUAAAUCGUAAACUUCGUCAACUUUGAAUGGUGAUGAAACCUCGAGCCUGUGUGAAAUAAGAAGGGCAAAGCAUGUGCAUGAUUAUGUGGCUUUUUCGGUAUGUCACGUAGCAUGGGACAAGGCUAAGUAGUAAAACCAGCAUAGUAGCAGCAUGAAAUUGUUGUGAGAUCUUCCGUUUUUCCUCCCACAUGCUUCCUUGCUCUGAAUGCCAUGAACUGGCUCGUGGGUCAUGCAAUCAAUGAAGCACACUAGCUUUAACACUUGAAGGAAAUGGUCCGUGUUGUAAGCAUUGAAGGCUCACAGCGUGCUGCCUCGUCAAAAUGAGCUUGAAACACAAUGUUGCCUAGCUUCGUUCUUGAGUCCUUUGUGUUUGUAAGCUUAACUGGCAUUCUUGCGUCACUGCCAAACUGACGUCGGUGGCAUGCAUUUUAUUGCUGCUGCCUACUCGAGCUGCUGUGGUCAAAAUUCUCCUUGAGAAUUGGUUACUCGGUCCCAUAUGCCUUACAAAAUGUCUGAUGGGCACUGUUCUUUUUUUUUAAGGACUAGCAGGCAUUUGCCGAUUGUGUCGAAGCAAUCUGUAGGGCAUAGGUGCAUGAUGUCCAAGCAGCUACCGCAGUUACAGUAAGCAGGUGUCUUGUGCAGUUCGAAUAAGAUAUACAAUAGGAUUGAUGGGGUGCCUGGAUUUUUGUUUGCCACUCAUUUUUCUCAUUCAAUUAGCUUUAGGGCCACUACUCUGUUUUGGUCAAUCCUUUCUCGUAUGCACAUUGGAACAUGGUUAGGAACAGUGUAAACCUUUAUCAAGAAAAAAGAGGGAAGGAAGUUUUCUAAAGUUUGGUUGCGUCUAUUUGUGUCAAAAUGCAUUCCAAGAAAUUUGAGCUGGGACGAAAGUGAGAAGAAAAAGAAUGCAAAGUAGUCAAAAGCACAACUUAUGCUGUCAUUUCACAGCACUGCAUUCUAGUUAGCAAAAUAUGCAAAAAGGUUUCUAGCAAAAUUUUUUCAAAGCUGGCAGGCAAGUUACAUCUCGGAGAUGUUGCUUUGGAAUUUGUUAAGUCUGCUUUGCCACAGCACUUUAUAUAGAAUUGUGGUCUUCUGCGAAGACUUUGCUGCUUGCCUUUCUCACCUGUCGAUAUGUGCCCAUUAGGUGCACUUUUUUUUUCUAUGUGAAUAUAGAAAGUGUGCUGCUUCUUGGUGCAUGUGGGCACACAGCAGACUUUUAGUCAUAUUUAGCACAUCUCACUGUACAUAGUUCCCAUGAUCCUUGACACCAGUAGGUUGCAGCUUCCCUGUCUGCUUUGCCAUUUGCUUGCCGUUUAAUGUAGGGGACGGCAACAUUUUCUUCACUAGGCAUGAGAUAGUUGUUUACAAACUGAUUCUCAGUUUUUUUUUAUUAUAGUCAAUUAUCUAGCCCCCCUCUUCACCCCACCCCGCUUUUUUAAAAUCACAACACCAUGCACCUUAUUCACCAUUGUCAGUGACACUUGUGACGACUUUCAGAGGGUCGCAUGAGCUGUGGUCAUGCCGAGAAGGCUGCAACAUUCAAGUGUACGGUACAGUCAACAUUUGUCGCAUCUAGGUUUAGUGAGCCAGCGUGUGAUUGCCUAGAAAGCUUUGCGAGUGAAGGGCGCAUGUUGCAUUGUCUAAGGUGGCUCUCCACGUGUGGUUGGCGAGUCAGGUUUGCUCGUCGCCAGCACGUCGACUUUUGUAGCAGAGAAUGAAAUAUUUUCAGAUGGCUUCGUCCGCAGGAGAAGUGUGUACAGACUCGUGAUACAAAUUCCUGAAUGGGCAUUGAUGAUGUCUAUACCAUGUGUAACACAGUGUCACCAGUUUUUACUGAAUAUGUGUUCUUGUACUCUUCUGUUAUUCUUUUUCUUCAUGAGACUGCUUACAUGCUUUGUGUGGGAUCUAGUAUUUGAUUAUUAUAGAAGAACCUUUGGUUUAUGUUUCAUAGCUGAGACCUCAGCACUGGGAUUUCUGUAUAAAACCAGCUGAAAGAUGAGUCACUGUGUGCGGCUGUAUUGUGUGAAUUGUGGGCCCACUGGACAAAUUAACAUUUGCCCAUAGAGCCCAGCUGAAGGUUGCCUGCUUGAAUGGUGCACUGUUUUGGCGACAUUGUGGCACGCUGCAGCUCCCGUUAAUGAUGCAGCUUGCCGAUCGUUUGCAUGACCAAUGUUGACAGCAAAUGAAAGCAUCACACUGUGAUUGGAACUGUACGCCUCAUACCGAAUCCAGCAUGCAUUGUUUCUCUUGUGUGUUUGGUGAGAAACGGCAACCUUUGGUUCGUACUUGCGUCAUCUUGUACGCUGAAGACCUAAGGUAGACUAUUUAGUGGACGUAAUUGUUCAGAGACAACUCGCUGAUGGCCAGUGGUAGACUCUACUGGUGGGGAAUUGUCCCGUACUAUGAUUGGACUUGCCCUCUAGAAGGAACGCAGCUGGCAGACUCAAGAAACAUCAAGCAUGUUUUGCAAACACAGCCAGAAUGAUAACAUUGAAAACGUGUGCUCGCACUAGAGCCACACAAUGGUUUUUCUUCAGCAUUUGGACCUCGCCAAAAUUCGACGUAUGCUGUUUCCAGUGCACAUAUUUGUGUGUUAAGGCAAGAAAAAUGGGGGCCGCUUCUCAGCUGCUGUCAUGUAAAUAUAACACUUUGUCUGCAGUGCGGGGUCUCACUCCCUCCUCCCCUCCCCUCUUAUUAUGUUUUGCUGGUGGGUUUGUGUUCCAGUAAUGAUGUGUAUUGGUGAAUUCAGAUGCGACACUCCUUGUAUUGAGCUUGAGGGGGAAACAAAUGUAUUAUUGGAUAUAUGUACAUAGUAUGCGCGUGUAGUCAUAGAAACUUUCAUCAAACACUGUUUGUUUUCCUUACACUUUCUUGUCUGUUUGUACUGACUGCACGCUGCUUGUUAGCAGGGUGUUCUGAUGCUGUGCUAUCCUUGUUCCGCGCGUUCAAAGCAUUUUGGUUUGGUGUGCGUGAGGAGACACGUUUGUCUGUUUGCUGUACAGAUUGCUUUGUGCAACAGUGAGUAUUGAGAAUAAUAAAAAAGGACUUUCUAUUGUGA